AUCCACAUAAAUUAUGCAUGGACCCAAAUGAAUCUAACCCGUAUGCCCUUUUUAAGAAGUGAACUCAGGAUCAUUUGUUCCUUCUCUUUGCCUGUUCAUAAAACGUACUGAACAGAUUAGGCUGCUGUAUCAACUUCUGGAAGUAGAUGCUUAGACUAAAUGUUUAUUGCUCUCUAAAUAUUCCUAGUCCAAGACAUAUCAAGCUUGGAAGCAGCUAUGGCUCAUGUUUAGAUAAGUAUCAUAGAGGACAGAGGCUGCCUCCGGGGUUUUCUGUCAGGGCCUUAAAAGAUGAGAUGGAUGGCGGUAUGAGCAACAGCUUCCCAGGCCGGAGCUGGGAGCCUGGCCUGGAAAUUGAGGUCCCUUUUGAACAAAGGCCGGUAAACGAGUACUCAUCUCUGAAAGAUGGACCUUUGUAUUCAUGGGGCGAACUGGGACCAGGGCCCUUUUUCCUUCGUCUAGGAGGGCUCUGGCUAGCAACUUUCACUGCUCUUGGAGUCCCAAUAGCAGCUGCAAGCUUUAAUCCUUCAAGGGAACCUCUAAGAUUUGUGCUUGCGGCUGGAACAGGAACUCUUUUCCUCGUGUCACUAAUCGUAUUAAGAAUUUAUCUGGGAUGGAGUUAUGUUGGGGAUAGACUUCUAUCAGCAGUAAUACCAUAUGAAGAGACUGGAUGGUAUGACGGUCAAAUGUGGGUAAAACCACCUGAGGUCCUGGCUCGCGACAGAUUGCUUGGCUCUUAUAAGGUUAAACCAGUUAUCAAGUUGUUGAAACAGACACUAGUUGGAACAGGGGCCUUACUUGUUACAGCAGUAUUUCUAUUUAUCUUUGCCACACCAGUUGAGGAUUUCUUUAGAACAACCUUUUCUGCAAAUGAGACCACAUCAAAUGUUCUUGCUUCAAAAACCAACACAAAGUUCAAUAUAAGAAAAGAGGAGUUGCUUCAACUGCCAGUGGAGGUUAAGGCUGAUGAUGAUCUAGCAGCAGCUGCUGCAGAGGCUGCUGAUGGAAGACCAGUCUACUGCAGGGAUAGAUUUUAUCGUGCAUUAGCCGGAGGGCAGUACUGCAAAUGGGAAGAUCUACUCAAGUAAUUAAAUUGUAUACUGGGUUUGGGAGGGAGAAGAAGGGGAACAGAGCAGAGGCAUUGAUCACUUUGAAUUUUGUAUGGUCAAUUUGCUUUAAGAAGUGUACCUUUAGAAGAUGUAAAUGCUAAAAUUUUCUCCAACUAUUUCUAGCCAUUCAGAAGGUUUAAAGAAACAAGAAGUAAAUUCCAAAUAUCAUAA